AUGAGCCAGUCGACCAAGGCGCCAAAGCUGCAUGGGCGGGCUUUCUACGAGAGCAUCGGCUGUCCGAAGCUGAUCCUGGCGCCCAUGGUCGAGCAGAGCGAGUUCGCGUGGCGCUUAUUGACGCGCUCGUUCCUUCCAGCCGACCAGAACAAGCAACUGCUUGCCUAUACGCCCAUGUUCCACGCCCGCUUGUUCCAUGAGAAUGCAAAAUAUCGCGAGACACACUUCCAGCCCUUGAAGGCAUCAAUGCCCGAAUCGCCUCUCCCUUUUGAAGACGCCCGCUUCAACCAAUCUGACCUCCAUCUCGACGGCAACCACCAGACCGACCGUCCUCUGUUCGUCCAGUUCUGCGCCAACGACCCCGACGACCUGCUCGCUGCUGCUCGUCAUGUCCAACCCUUCUGCGAUGCUGUCGACCUCAACCUCGGUUGUCCCCAGGGUAUCGCUCGCAAGGGCCACUACGGUUCCUUCUUACAGGAAGAACCCGAUCUGAUCUACAAGCUCAUCAAUAACCUUCACCUCAAUCUUGACAUCCCUGUCACCGCAAAGAUGCGCAUCCUCGACACGCCCGAAAAGACUCUGGACUACGCAAAAAUGAUCUUAUCCGCCGGUGCCAGCAUUAUCACCGUUCAUGGCCGUCAACGUCAUCAAAAGGGUCACAACACUGGCUUGGCCGAUUGGUCAGUCAUCCGCUACCUUAGGGACAAUCUUCCUCCAGACACUGUCAUCUUUGCCAACGGAAAUAUCUUGCGCUACGAAGAUAUCCCCGCCUGCCUCGAGGCUACUGGUGCUGACGGUGUUAUGAGUGCCGAGGGAAAUCUCUACGACCCCUCCGUUUUUGCUCACCCUCCCCCCGCUGGUCAGGAAAGCAGAGAGUACUGGAGAGGAAAAGAUGGCAGAGGUGGCUACCGCAUGGAUGCUGUGCUCAGGCGAUAUAUGGACAUUAUUCACAGAUACGUGCUUGGACAGGAGCCGCCAACGCGGAAACCUUUAUUCAUGCCUGGCCAUGACAAUACCCAGAAGCGACCCGCUGAGGACGAGGUCGUGGACGGCGAGGCAGCAGAAGAACCAAAUGGCCAACCCGCAUCCAAGAAGCAAAAACAGAACAAGGGCGAAAAUCGCAAGAAGAACGAGAAAUGUCAGAAUCCUAAUCUCACCCCAAUGCAGGCUCACCUGUUCCACAUGCUCCGGCCGUUGGUUUCUAAGCACACCAACGUCCGAGAUGCUCUUGCUCGCUGCCGUGCUGGCGACAUUGCAGCAUACGAAAAUGUUCUUUCCAUGGUCGAGGCUGCAGUUAAGGAAGGUCUGCUUGAGUACGAAAACUCUCCGCCAGAAGAAGCCGCAACCGAGCCUCAGAUCAGACCUGAAGUAGAUGCGACAAAGGAUGGGAGCUCUUUGGCGGCUGUUGCAUGGUGUAAAAGACCGUGGUUCAUCUGCCAGCCGUAUGUACGACCACUGCCCAAGGAAGCCAUUGAGAAGGGAUCAAUGCAACUUACCAAGAAGGAAAAGGAACGGCUGGAGCGUGAAAAGGAGGAGAACAAACAGGCUGGCUUAGUACCAGAAGGAAGAGUUGAGGAACAGGAGAGCAAUGGCGAAAAGGUAGAAGUGCCAAAAGAGGGCAUGGUUUGUGGAUAA